ACUAGGUAGACAAACAAAGGAGUCAAUUGAAUCUGUCUCAAAAAAAAAUUGUUCCGUCUUGUUAAAAUUUUUCAUGCCGGUUCUAAAAAUGUUUAAUUUACUUUUCAAUGACGAACAUUAUCUGUAAUUGUUGUUGAAAUUUUCGACAAAAUGUAGUGAAAAUCGUUGUUUUGUGUCUUUUCCUUUUAAUAAUUGUGUUCCAUUAUUGAUAUAUUCUUUUGAGGUUAUAUGGUGAAAGGAUUUAAUUCAAGAUUUUCCAUUCAUUAUACGGGGGAUCUGAAAAGAGCUUGGAUUUUUAAUUUGUUUGCUAGCUAGCCUUUGUGGGAUUAAAUAAUCUCUCUAGAUGGAAGAGAAUCCAGAAGUUGGUUUGGAUCGCUAUAAGCGUCCUUUGCGUUCAAUCAACAAUCAUCAGCCGGCUUAUGUCAGAUUUUGGAAUACCACACAUCGGCAUGUGCGCAUUUAUUGGCUUGACUUUAAGGGAAAGACAGUUCGAUUUUCGGAUCUCUCUUCCUACGCUCAAUGGAUUGAUGUUAAUACAUUUGUUACCCAUCCCUGGAUAUUUUAUGAUGAAGAAACGGGAGAAAGAUUGCACGCAAAUUGCCAGGACGUAUUUUUUCCUGAAUAUCGAGCAAUGGUUGCAAAUAGAAUUCAAAGGGUUAAUAUUGCAAUAACACUUCCUGUGUUUAGUUUAAAGAAACUUUGUUUACGAAUAAUAAAAAAGAAAUUAACAAAAGAUCAUGACGCUUUUCUUUUGGAAAUACCACGAAGUCUUCAGUAUGAAUUAGCAAUAAUGCAGCCACGAUUAGGAAAUGGAGAAACUAUGUCCAGACAUCGAAGUGGACAUUCUUCGAUAGCGAAAAAGUGAUGAUAAAUUAUUUUUUUAUUCACUGCGAUUAUUACUGAAAUUGGAAGAUUAUUUAAAACUAAAAAUUAUUAAUUUCAAUUAAUAAUUGAAGAGGAUUGUAAAUUUAAAUUAGAAAAAUGAAGCUGCACAUUGAGAUAAUGUGACAUUUUCUUUAAGAUGAUUAAAGUGAACCUGGUUUUUUUGUUUGAAUAUUUUAUUUAAUGGAAGAUUGAGAGAAAAGAUGAGUUGUCUUAAUUAAAUUAAAA